GUGGCCACGGCAGCAGCCGCAGCCGCGGCAGCGAGAGAGCGCGAGGGAGUUAGGACCGCUCGGAGCGCGCGGGGCUCGGGGAGUAUAAGGUUUGCAAUCCUUCCACUUGCUGCCAGUUGCAGACGAAGAUCCGCUUCUAAGUGAAGCGUGCAGGCCACCCCUCGGAGGGCUGCGGCUUCCCCGGGCUCCCGGCUGCCUCCCCGGCGGCCCGCCCCCCCCUCGCCCCCGCCCCGCGCGCACUCCCGCGUUUGCACGCGCCCCGAAGUUUGCCCGGAGCUGCUGGCCGCUGGGAGCCGGGUCCAGCCGGGCGGGCGCGGCGGGCAGGGCGGGGAGCCGGGCACCGCAAUCCAGCCGCGUCGCGGGCCGGGCCAUGUCUGUUUCAUCAAAGGGACUUGGGGUGCGUCGCGUCUCGCAGCCAUCACCGCGAUGUGCAGUGACAUUUCUGACUUGAGUGGAGGAAUGCGCGCAGGGAGGCCGGGCGGCGUCGGCACCGGAGGAUCUUGGCGCCAACGCUAAUCAUGGUCCCGAUCUAGGUCCCUUCGGACGAAGCUCCACGUCCUCCUCGGAAAUAAAAUGAAAGCUGAGCCCCGCGGGGUAGAACCGCCCGGCUGCUGGUGCUGAGCCCCGGGAAUCAGGGAAUCGUCCUGCAGCUUAACGUUUAUUUUUAAAGGGCGAGGGGGAAAAAAUUAUAAAUAGGAAAAAAAACCCCUCCGUAAAAGUUUAAGGCGAGAAGUGGCAGAGGCAGUGGCGCGAGGCGGCGCAGGCGGAGCCGGCGGGCGGGACGGCGGCGACCUCCCGGAGGCUGCGAGUCCUGGUCAGUUUCGCCGGUUUUGGAGGGAGAGGCGCCUCUCAGUCCUCGCUUCCUCUCCACCCACCGCUCCCUCCUCGUCUACCUGCCCAAGUCCCUGAUCGUUCGCAUUUGGGAAGAGGACGUCCGCGGGAAGGAAUUCCCCGCUCUGGGCCGGGGCUCCGAGAGGGGGCGACGCCGGAGGCUCCCCCAGGGGCCCGGAGGCGAAGGGGUGUUGGUGCCAGAAGAAGAGAAUGAUUGACGGGACACAGACACCAGUGAGAGACACUCACCCUCUUGCUUCUGAUAUUGACACCUGAGUGUGUCCCAGCAGCCCUGGUGAGCCGCGAACACCUGGGAUCUCCAAGGGUGAUCGGAUGCUCAGCCAGAGAGCCACCCCUUUGCUGAAUCACGAUCCGCAACCGGACAUCUUUUACAAAAACCAACUGGAACCCAUCGAGUAGAUAUGUUCUAGGACAACAACAAGCCCACAGGCUGCUGUUAAGCCCACUGCACCAGUAUGUUAGCUUUCCACCAAAGUCCUCCAGAUCCCUGAGUGCGCCCAGUAUCUCAACCCUUCACGGUCAGUUUUGGCAUCGACUUUGAGGUCUCAUUCUCUUUUUUUAUUUUUUUUUUAUAUCCGGCCCUACCUACAUGGAGACAUCCAUGUGUGUGUAAAAUAGACACAGGCCACAGAUAAGCCAACCCCGCGCCAAUUCCCGCCAAGAUUGCCAAGAAUUUAGAGAUGUAUUUGUCAAGAUUCCUGUCCAUUCACGCCCUCUGGGUUACAGUGUCGUCGGUGAUGCAGCCCUACCCCCUGGUGUGGGGACAUUACGAUGUGUGCAAGACCCAGAUCUACACGGAAGAAGGCAAAGUGUGGGAUUACAUGGCCUGUCAGCCGGAAUCCACGGACAUGACCAAGUACCUGAAAGUGAAGCUGGACCCUCCCGACAUCACGUGCGGAGACCCUCCCGAGACGUUCUGCGCGAUGGGCAACCCCUACAUGUGCAACAACGAGUGCGACGCGAGCACCCCCGAGCUGGCGCACCCCCCGGAGCUGAUGUUCGACUUUGAGGGGAGACACCCCUCCACCUUCUGGCAGUCGGCCACCUGGAAGGACUACCCCAAGCCUCUCCAGGUGAACAUCACCCUGUCCUGGAGCAAAACCAUCGAGCUCACCGACAACAUAGUCAUCACCUUCGAGUCGGGGCGCCCGGACCAGAUGAUCCUGGAGAAGUCCCUGGACUACGGGCGCACCUGGCAGCCCUACCAGUACUACGCCACGGACUGCCUGGACGCCUUCCACAUGGACCCCAAGUCCGUGAAGGACCUGUCCCAGCACACGGUCCUGGAGAUCAUCUGCACCGAAGAGUACUCCACGGGCUACAUGACCAACAGCAAAAUCAUCCACUUUGAAAUCAAAGACAGGUUCGCCUUCUUCGCCGGGCCCUGGCUGCGCAACAUGGCCUCCCUCUACGGCCAGCUGGACACGACCAAGAAGCUCCGAGACUUCUUCACGGUCACGGACCUGAGGAUCCGGCUGCUGAGGCCGGCCGUCGGGGAGAUUUUCGUGGACGAGCUGCACUUGGCGCGCUACUUCUACGCCAUCUCGGACAUCAAGGUCCACGGCAGGUGCAAAUGUAACCUCCACGCCACGGUGUGCGUGUACGACAACAGCAAACUGACCUGUGAGUGUGAGCACAACACGACAGGGCCCGACUGUGGGAAAUGCAAGAAGAACUACCAGGGCCGGCCUUGGAGCCCAGGCUCGUACCUCCCCAUCCCCAAGGGCACCGCCAACACCUGCAUCCCCAGUAUUUCCAGCAUUGGUAACUGCGAAUGCUUCGGCCACUCCAAUCGAUGCAGUUAUAUCGAUCUGCUAAAUACAGUCAUUUGCGUGAGCUGUAAGCACAACACUAGAGGGCAGCACUGUGAGUUAUGCAGGCUGGGCUACUUCCGAAAUGCUUCGGCACAGCUGGACGAUGAGAAUGUGUGCAUAGAGUGUUAUUGUAACCCCUUGGGCUCAGUCCAUGAGCGCUGUAAUGGCUCGGGAUUCUGUGAGUGUAAGGCGGGAGCCACGGGGCCUAAGUGUGAUGAGUGUCUGCCGGGCAAUUCCUGGCACGCCGGCUGUCGACCCAACGUCUGCGACAACGAGCUGCUGCACUGCCAGAACGGCGGCACCUGCCACAACCACGCGCGCUGCCUGUGCCCCGCCGCCUACACCGGCGUCCUGUGCGAGAAGCGGCGCUGCGAGGAGACCGGCGGCUGCGGGGCGCGCUCGGGCCAGGGGGCGCCCCCGCGCGGCCACGCGGCGCUGCUGCUGCUGCUGCCGCUGCUGCCGCUGCUGCCACCGGCGACCCCGACCCCGACCGCCGCGCUGCUCGCCGUCUAGGCGGCGCCGCAGCCACCAGCCGGCCCGGGACCGGGGAAGCCGCCGCCGCCGCCCGCCCCAGCAUUCGCUCCCGACCCAGAACCACACUCAGACCCCGCGCCCACGCAGCGCCCGCCCCGGGAGGCCCGACUGAACGAAGCCAUAUUUCUCAGCCGUGGACAGCGCCUCCGAGUCAACUCUGGUCGUUCCUGACUCGGGAGCGGGCAGCGGCGGUGGCGUCGCUGCAGAGCGAAGCGCCCGUGGGACAGGCUGGGACGGCCCCUCCGCGCAGGAAAGACCGCACCAACGAUCCAACGAACCGAACCGACCGGCAGGGGCGUGUGCGCUCCCGCCGUGCGCCCAGCACCACUGCGCCCAGCGCGCCUGGCCCCACCACGCGGAGCGGUCUUUGCUGGCCGGGCAUCGGCCGCGUGGCCCGCCGCGGCCCCGAGCCCCCUCCCACCCGUGCUUCACGGACGUUGCUGUCACCCUCGUUGGUUGGAAGGUUUCUUGUCUGAUGUCAGUAAACGCACCUGUGCAACAGCCCCUCCUGCGCUCGGCGGGCCUCCCGGGGCCGCGUGCCGGGGCGCCCCGCUGUCCAAGGGCGGCCGUCGGGGAAGGAGAAAGUGUAUCUAUCCUUUUGUAUUCAAAUGAAGUUAUUUUUCUUGAAAUACUGUACUACGUAGAUUUUUUGUAUUCUUGCCGAUUUGUGUUACCAGACAAUCUGUUCGCGUUUCCCCCGUCCGACGCAGCGCGGGCUGGCGCUGUGCUGUCCUCUCCCGUUCUGUUGUGCGGUUUCUCUGUAAGGGCAACGAGCGCGCCGGCGUCCCAGCAUAUCCGUUUACAUAUAGAACGAGUGUAAUAAGAUUCCACCAAAGGACAUUCCGUUUUCUUGUUUGCUUUAACCCGGGAAGAGUUAACGAGUAACCAGUUCCUGCCUACGUACUGCGCUUUCUUGGGAGGCCGGGCGCAGCCCCGAGCAGUGUCACCCUCGCUUUGCUGCCGUCUCCGUGGUGGACCGAUCACGCUCAGCCGGCGGGUGUAGUGCCCGGGCCGGCGGAGGGUGUGCGCUAGCCUGGACACCUUCUGCAAAACCCGAGACUGUUUCCGCUUGGGGAAGACGAUAACAGGAAAGAGUAAAUAAAUCUAAGCGAUUGCCAAGCUUAUGCCAAAGCCUGCUGGCAGAGUACGAAGAGACUUUUAUUUUUCAGCCAUGCUAUUUUCACCGACCGAUGUGACCACGCGACUCCAGGGAGGGAUGCUGAUGGAUGUAUCUUUCCAAGCACAGUGUUUACAGGGAGUGUCGUGGGGGCAACCUGGGGACCCAGGGAAGUGGCAGGGAGUGGAGUGUUCGCAGUUGGACUUGGGAUAUAUUCAAACUCUCUAGAAGAACUAUCAACCAUCCAGCAGCGAGUAGACAUGACUGCUGGGCCUGAGAAUAAAGUUUGUUUCAAGUA